CCUGGGCAUGGGUGGGGAGGUGGAGGAUGAGGGACCUGGAGGCACAAGGUGGUUUGUUGGGAGCAGGUGAGGCAGAGGAGGGUUGUCUGGGGACAGGCCAGCUGAGGGUGAGGGCACCCAGCCAGUGGAGAUGCCCUGCUGGCCAGGAGCAGCUCGGCUACAGGCAAUAAUCCCUGGAGGUGGUAGGUGUCUGCUUGUGCUGCUUCUUGUACAACAGGCCUGACCAAAUGGGUGCUCUUCAGACUGUCGGACCUUGGCCAAACUGUAACUGGUUUAGGGCCAGAGAGGAAAAAAAAAAAACCCUCCUGAAGCGAGCACAUGGCCUCCUGAGCUGGAGUCUUGGCUCUCAGUGUUGGGUUUUGAACUUGGUAGGUCGUUGAGCCUUUGUGUGCUCUGGUAUCUCUGUCUAUGAACUAGAGAUAACAGUUGGCUUCAUGCAGGGAUUAAUUAUCGCGUCUUGUAGUCACGUAUUUGUUUAUUUGUUUUUACUAUAGAUUACAGCUGGAGGAAUUCUAAACAGUCCACCUCUCCUUGUCAUGGUGUUUAAGCGCAUUGUGCUCCCAUCUGAACAGAGGAAAUCGCUGAGCAAAAUCAAAACGUGUUGGUCCAAAACCUGACUGUUUUUCCAGCCUGUGACAACUGAGUCUAAGGAGAGUCUGUUCAGGUAUCUUGGAUCUUUUCCCAGCAGCAGGGCUGAAGAGGGUUUUACUCUGGAGGUGGUUCAGAAUGGCUGGAAUGGGCAACAAGGAUCAGCGUUUUGAAGGCCUUAACCUUGAAGAGUGACGUCUGGAAAGAAGCAGUACACGAAAGUCUUGUGUCUUGGCUCUGGUCCUCGGAUGGAUGGGCUACGGAGAGCUAAAUGGUAACGCAGGAGAAAGAGAAGUGUCAUUAAAGGGCCUGUGCGCUGAUGAAACCACCACCCCCGGAUCCAGGGUACCUAAUGGCAGCCAGCAGCUCGUAGACACUAACGUCACCUCAAAGCAGACUGUGAAGGCCAGCACUUUGGGGAAAGCUGGAAUCAAACCCAAGAACUUCAUUCAGAAAAAUAGCGUGGACAAAAAGAAUGAGAAGUCCUCUGAAAAUAAACUUCGAGAAAGCCAGACCUCAGACAAGCCAGAGGGAGUGUCUAUUCCAAACGGCGUGGUAACCAAUAAUUCUAACUAUAUCACGAAUGGCUACGUAGGCAAAGGGGCCGAUAAUGAUGGUAGCGGCUCCGAGAGUGGAUAUACUACGCCUAAAAAGAGGAAAGGCAGGCGCAACAGUGCCAAGGGUUGUGAGAACUUGAAUCUAGUACAGGACAAAAUAAUGCAGCAGGAGGUCAGUGCACCAACCUUAAAACAGGAACUUGAGGGUUUCAAGCCUGAUUAUAGUGAACAGAAGGGGAACCGAAUUGAAAAUACUAAGCCUGUUUGGAAAUACGAGGCUGGGGCUGGUGGAGCAGGCCGGGGAAAGCCUGGGCUUGGGGAUGUACAGCGAAAAAACUCUGAUGCCAAACCUGGGAUUAGCAGCAAGAAGUUUGAUGACCGGCCCAAAGGGAAGCAUGUGUCGUCAGCUACGUCUAAAGAGGACUCAUGGACCUUAUUUAAACCACCCCCAGUGUUUCCAGUGGACAACAGCAGUGCUAAAAUUGUUCCCAAAAUAAGUUAUGCAAGUAAAGUUAAAGAAAACCUUAACAAAGCAGCCCAAACGCCAUCCACGUCAUCUUCGUCAUCUUCAUCAUCUGCUGGGGAAACUCAGGCCCAAACAUCGAGUCGACUCUCCCAGGUCCCUAUGUCUGCUAUGAAAUCUGUUACUUCUGCUAGCUUCUCCAAUGGGCCGAUUCUAGCAGGGACCGAUGGAAGCGUGUAUUCCCUAGGGACCCAGCCACUGCUCCCAACCACUGCUAGUACUGUCCCAUCUGCCUCCUCCGAGUCAGCACCCCAGGAUGCGAGUACAGCUUCGACGGCUCUCGAACAAAAGAAAUCUAGCCUUUUUAUCUACCCUUCAAAUAUGCAAACUGUGCUUCUGGGUGCAGCGCAAGUCGAUUUCCCAUCGCAGACCAAUCAGCAGAACCUGGGAGAUAUCUUCCAGAAUCAGUGGGGCUUGUCUUUCAUCAACGAGCCCAGUGCUGGGCCUGAAACUGUCGUGGGGAAAUCUGCGGAUAAUCAGUUAAUGGAAGUGACAUUUCAAGGGGAAUAUCCUGCCACUUUGGUUUCACAAUGUGCUGAAAUCAGUCCCUCAGGAACUGAACAACCUGUGUUUCCUAAGGCUUAUGAGCUGGAUAAACGGACUAGCCCUCAAAUUCUUAGUGCUAUUCUUAAGCCUGGGACUGCUGUGGAGGGUGGUGUCUUAGCUUUGGAGUCGCAUCACACAGGUGACCUACAAAAGGCAGAUGCCGGUAGCCAAGGUGCUUUAGUGUUUCUUUCAAAAGACUAUGAAGUAGAGAAUCCUCUGGCCUCUCCUACGAACAAUUUGCUAGCCUCCGCCAAAGAACAGAGGUACCAGAGAGGCCUAGAAAGGAAAGAUAGCUGGGGUUCUUUUGACCUGAGGGCUGCUAUUCUAUAUCACACUAAAGAAAUGGAAUCGGUUUGGAAUUUGCAGAAGCAAGAUCCCAAAAGGAUAAUCACUUACGAUGAAGCCAUGGAUCGCCCGGAUCAAUGAAGGUAGCAAGACAAGACUGCCUGUUCUAACCUUUCUGCAGCAUUUGUGCUGUUCAUAGGGGACAAAAGGCUUUUAUGCUCCUUCUAAAUCUUCAGCGCAGCAGAGGAACCAUAACUAGAAUCACAGGAUAAUAUAUACAAAUAUAUAUAUAGUUAUUUAAAAAUGGCAACUGAAAGUAAUUAGACUUCUUAAGGAAUCUGAAAAUUUAUUUCCACGAGACUACACACGUGAUUAUUUAAUCUCCGGUACUGAAUAGAUCUUUUUUUUUUUUCGUUCUUUUUGUUUUGUUUUUGUUUAAAGAGUGAAUGCAAGUGAUUAACGAAUACAGACUCGAUUUACAAGCCCGGUUCUAAAGUUCCUGCUGUCCGUCUAGAUGGGCAACAGCAACCCACUGGAGAGGCAUUUCCGCUUGACAAGGUUUCUGUUUCUCGUUCUGUGACUGUAGUGACACACUAAUCACAGGGAAAUCGGGAUGAGCCACCAUCCUUCAUCUCCCUUUGCCCUUCCACCUCCCCGAUUUGGUGUUGUUUUGUUUUUGUUUUCCAUUGAAUGCUGGAGAAACGCCUUGAAGUUUGCCGAGUUUCUUGUUUUUAUCCAGAGAAUUCUAAUCCGCAUGUUUUGCCAGGAGUAAAGCAACCAGUCCUGUGCUGGGGAUAUUGUCUUAAAGCAUCAUCCUGCUGGGGGAAAAGAUGGGAAUACUGCAGUUCUAGGACGCAUGGUGACGUCACACAGUUGACCUGGCUCCGGUUACACAUUGGACUAUUGCAACUGAAGAGCUCUUUCAUUUUAAAAGACAACAUGCAAAAAUAAGCAAUCUGUUUAGGCAUAAAAAACCCAACAAAAACCUACUGUUCCCGCAGUUUAAUGCCUUGGUAUUACUGGGAGCAAAAAAAAAAAUUAAGUAUCUUCUGCUUUCAAAUGUAGGUGCUUCGUAUCCGCUCUGUCUGUCUUCUAACACUAAAUGUGCCGGAUUUUUUUCCCAUUUUCAUUGGAAAACUGAAGAGGAAUUGAGUUCUGCUAACUUUCACCCUUCUUGAGUUAUUAUUUUCUCUUAAAAGAAAAAAAAAAGAAAAAAAUUAAAAAAAAAAGAAAAAUUUAGGAAAAAAAACCCACAAAGAAAAAUGGGAAUUUGAAUCCUUUUCCAUUUGUCCGUAGAACGCCAAGGGCUGGGCGUCCCACACCUGCCCGUUGGAAAUGCUCUUUUAUAUUUUAAUGCAGUCUGUGUAUUUCCGGGCUCUGCUUCUGAUUAUCUCUUAAUAAAAAUCUAUUUUAUUACAAAAAAAUGGAGGACUUAGGAAUGAAAAUGAUAAUUUAAAAAUUUUUUUUUUAAAAAAAAAAAAGAUCCCAAGGGAAGGAAAGGUUCCUGGCAGCAACAUUAGAGCGGGCUGCGGCUGCGUCACCCACUCUGUCCCGUUGCAGCCUGUAGUGCGUCCAAAUCACGCUGGGGUCCGGCAGUUGUUCUGGGUUUUUUAAAAGGUGGAAAGUUCACAGGGUCCAGUGCAAAAGCAAGUGAGGAAUGAAGUAAAAAUGGGUUUUACAGACCCGCCAGAGCCCCACACAUAACAGUGUUCAUCAUGGGUGAACACUGGCUGCUCUGGGCAACAGGGCCAGCACCGUCUGCUGUCUCCUAAAAUUAAACUGGACCCCACGGGGCAUUACGGGAAGCAGAUAAGCCUGAAACUUUUGCCUCCCCCUUGUGCUUAGAUUUAUCCACUUGUUUGUUGUGUUGUUUUGUUCUUUUUUUUUUAUUUUAUUUUUUUUUGGUUAACUAGGAGUAUGUAGCAUGCGUUUUUUAAUUGUUUUUAUUCUUUUUAAUCAGAUUUGUUCCUGAAUGAGACGCUUAGGUUCAUGGUGGGACAAUGCAACUUAAUUCUGUACCUUUUGUAAGAUUGCUAGCUUUCCGCCACGCUCUAGUUUUAAAGGUUUGACUAUGGAUUGCCUGCUCCAUUUUAUGUAUAAAAUACUAUAUAGUAUAAUGCCGUAGUGGGAUACUAUAUAGUAACCAUGUGUUGUAUCAGUUCAGGUUCAGACGUGUGUGGUUGGCCAGUCGCAAAUAGUUCUGUUUCACCUAUCAACUGUAACUUGCAGCUGUAUAACAUGUUUACAGAUGUGCCCGACAUCCAGUCCUCCUGACGUUCCUCUUUUGAAUUCUGUCAAGUCUCCCAACUGCUUGCCAAAAGUCGGAAUCGCCUCCAGCUCCGCUGUGGAAGAGCGGGGGGCAUUCCUGAGCUUUAAAGUGUUGAACAAACUGGACGGUGGGACUGGGAAAAUUAAGGUGGAGGAAAUGUUCUUUCUUUUAUUAUUAUUAUUAUUAUUAUGAUUUUCAACAAGUUGAAGGCUGAUGGCAAACUUUCCAGUUUGUUUUACUGGCUUUAAGGCUCUGCUGUGUAUUUAUUUGCCUUGUGUAGUCACUUGUCGCCUUAAGGGCUGGGUUCCAUUAAAAAAGAAAAAAAAAAAAAAAAGACAAAAAAAAGACAAAACCAAACCCUGUUUUGCUUCCCUGAGGUCUGCACUGCCCUGGGACCCCCGGAUCUGUGCUCGGGGCUGGCGCUGCGAAAGCUGAGCAGCAAUAACCCAUCCUGAACUUGACCCUGUUCUUUUAGAAAGAUCCGAGUCUGUAUAUUUGAGGACUUGGCCUAAUCCAGUCCAUCCUCUAAACAGCAAAAGCGGUGCUCAAUGAAACACAGUUUGAGUGAUGGGUGGGUGGGUUUUUCCCCUGAUGUUCAUCCCUGCUGCUUUUCCUCGUGGCCCCUUGCUGGUGGUGCCCCCGAAACAACCUUUGCCGCCUUUCUGCUCUCUUUCUGCCUGUCCUCCCUCCCACUGUCUGUCCGUCUCCGUGUGCUCAGCACCGAGCAGUUAGGAAAUCCUCUCUCUGAGCUCCUGUCAAUAUUUCUUGGAUAGAUGAUUGCUUAGAGCCAGGCAGGACCGUGGAAGAGAUUUCCCCAUGCCAUCAUGUAACGCCCUGUCGCUAUCUGCAGUCCCCUGAAGUCCUCACACAAUUCUUUACUGAGCACUUAUUAAAAAUAUCUUAAGAUUUAAUUUGUUUUCUGAUUAUUUUUGUGUAAACUUAUACAAAAAAAAAAGAAAAAAAAAACAAAACAAAAAAAAAAAAACCUGAAAUGGAGCUGUGACUAAUUUAGCACAUUGAAAUAAUGCUAAGGUGUUACUGAUAAGUCUCAUGUUUUGUUUUUGUUUGACUCAGAGUAUUAGUACUGUAGCAUAAACCAAAUACAGCCCGGGAAGGGGCGCAGCCGCCUUCCCUCCCGGGUCUGCACCCGAGGGUGUCCGUGUGUGCGCGGGGGGCGAGGAGGCGGCGGUGCGUGUGCGAGCAUCUUGCUCGCGUUGAGGAGAGCGAGCGUGUAUUUAUUUGUGCCAUUGUUUUCAUUACACUGAGUAAAGUCUGUUUUAAAACAAAAACCCUUUAAUACGUGUCGCGUUGGGAAGUGGCGCUGAGGGUGAAAUCGUGACCUAUUUUUUUAUUAGCUAUGAAGAUACUAAUUCAGGGUAAGGCUUCUAUCCCACUUCCGUUCCCAUUGUGGGUCCAAUGAGUCCCUUCUCUCUGGUUCUCUUGCCAGGCUUUCUCUUCAUUGGAGUAAGGAUUCCUGCGCGGGCAGGGGCUGUCUCCUUUCUCCAGGUCUUUCCCCACCGCUCCUCCUCUGCUGGCAGGUCCUCUGGAGUAUCCCUUGUCCAGGCUUUUGUGCACACAGACAGGAGCGCGUCCCGCCAGCCAGAUCCAGCACAGGUUUGCUUUUUCUGGUGGAUCAGGGAGCGUUUCCUCCGCUCCAAGAGAUGGUUUAAAAGCUGCUCCGUGCUCCCAGUAGCAGUGGCUUAGGGACCUUCUCUGCUCCCUCCCUUUCCACCUGACUGGUGGAUUGGCAACGUGAUGGCUUUCAAGAUUUGGUUGGAGUUUGGUUUUUGUUUAAACCCACUUCAGUUGUCUGUGAAACCUGUUUUCAUUGUCAGAAAUCUCUUGUCUCUCUGACAAUGUGGAUAUAGCUCCAGGGUGUGGUUUCUGUUGCUAACCCAUUUCAAACCAUCACCCAUUCCUAUCCACAAAUCCCACUUUUGUAGCUGCUGUGAACUUUGAAAUGUGGAAGAAAAACCCAAUUCUCAUUAGGUUGCGAUAAUGCCAGCUAUUCGGUGGUGGGGAGCGGGUGGCGAGGUGACCGUCUGGCUGAACGGAAAGGAAAAUCGCUUCCUGCUAGGAAAAGGAAAAAAAAGAGAGAUGGAAGUUGUCUUAGCAGUUGCGUGUGUAAUUCGUGCUUUUCACCUUCAAGAGAAUGUUAGUGUAGCACAAUAGCGUCCUUCCCAGAGGAGGCCGGUGGGUGACCUCAGGGACAUUGGGGAGUGGUGGCAUUCACAGCCGUGUUUGAGAACCGCUGGUCUUUGUCCUGCACGCUCAGAUUUUGCUUUAGAUUCAGCGUUUUCAGUAAAUUGCGAUCGUGUCUGAAGCUUUCAGGAGUCUCAUCCCUAGAAGCUUUUUCUGUCUAUACAUCUGUAGUGGUCUGCUUUCCUUACAGAGGCUGUUUACAAGGGAGAUGGUUGAGGUCAGUCAGGAGAGGAGGGAACAAGGCUACACAUAGUUUAAAGCUGCUACACUUUCCACGCCAGUGCGUGAGGCAGGAGGAGUGCUAGCGUGGUGGAGCCGCCGAAGAAGCCAUGGAAAUCCUUGGUUUGGCCACCGCGAGAGCAUUUUUUCCAUGUGAAAAAAACCCUAGCGCAAGUAGUUGGGGAGCAGGAACCUGGGCUGGUCUGAAGGAGCAGAUCUUGGUGCUGCUGGACGCGCUGCCUUCCAGAGCUUUCAGAGCUUUAGACAUUUGCACAAUCCGUGUUACACCACAGGGUAAGGUUGGCUUCCUCGUAUCCCACGCGAGAUCCUCACAAGUGGCAUCGUUCGCAGCACGAUGCCAAAACAGUGGAUGGAUGGGAAAGCACAGGAGAUCCGCAGCGGCCGAUCGUUGGAGGCGUUGCCGGGGUGUCGGCCUGCACCCUGUUCUGGGGCAGGAGCGAAACUCAUCCCUGUGCUUUCCCCAGGGGUUGCUGAGCUGUGUUUAUCUUGACUGUUAACCAGAAAGCUUCGUAUAACAUGUCCAGAGCUCUAAAGCCAUUUUGUAAGAUAGCAGUAUCCCUUUUCUACAGCCUUAUUAACGAGUAGAGUAUCUUUAAAAAGAAGAAAAAAAAAAAAACAACUAGUUCAUUUCUUUCUGUGGUAUGAAACUUGUGUGCUGCAAACAUACAAGCGUUCAGCAAAAACACAACUUACAGUUUUCUUAAAAAAAAAAAAACACACAAAAACCCAACAAAAAAAAACCCUGUCUGCUUUCCAUAUGGUCUUUCCUCAGGUGCUAAAUAAGGGUUCCAAAAAUGGAUACUGCUUUAGGAGUUUCUGCUUUAUUCUUAAAUACGUAUUUUUUUGCUUAGGUGUUGUAAAGAUAUUUUAACAAGAAUGUUUUUUUUUUAAUGUAAAUAAGAUUGUGUCUUUAAUUUUUUUGGUUUAUCUCCUUUUUGUCUAUAUUGAAUAGUCAGAUUUUCAUUUUAUCCUUUUGAGAAGGACCCUCUUAUGACCUUCCUCGAAGACAUUUCAUUAAGUGUUGCUGCAUUUUAAGAAUGAAUCUACAACUGUUCAUUGUCUUGGAUUAAUGCUGCUGCUGCUAUAAGUAACCCUGAAAAUCAAGAAUGUGUGAUGCACUUUUUUGACCUGACCAUGUCGUUCCCCUUGCGGGUCGUCGAACCCUCCUGUAACACAGCCACUGCGGGAAGCGCGGGCACUGGUAGAAGCCGGGGUGUCGGAGCGGGGUGUACCGAAUUUUGGUGCUGACCUACGGGAAUUUCUAUGCAAACGCAAGCAAAGGAGAACUCUUAACUUGAGAGAACACUGUGCAUUUUUAUUUGUUUUUGGUUUUUUUUUCCUCUCCUUCCUUUUCUUAAGCUGCUAUUGGAAGGGCGGUGCAAAUCCCUGAGGGUUUCGGCUGCUCCUUCCGCGAUGGCUGGUGGUGCAGGAAAGAUGCCCGAGUAACAUGUAAGGUAGAAAAAUCUCAAUCGACUCUUGUCUCGUCUCCAGUUUUAGUAUUUUUGUUUUCUCUUUGAAUCUAGCUAUGGAAGGAAGUGGCUCAUCUCUGCAAAAAGGUCUUUCAUGCUGUAUCGCAAUGUGAAGUUAACCAACAGUAUUAGAGAUCGGCCUCCUUGCUGCCAUGCUCUUGGCAGCGUGGAAUUGUAGGCUCCUUGUCCAGCCGCCUUUGGGUGCUGGGGAGCAGUUGGUGCCCAGAAUCAUCUGUUUUCCAAGGAAAAAGUGAAGCUAGGUCUUCUACUCCGCCAAAACCUGAUGGCGUGAAAGCCUGUGGUGGUGCCGCCACGUGGCACGAGGCAGGUCCAGAACCUCUUGUCUGCAUGGGUCACACCUGGAGCAAUGCAGGGCGAUGCGUGCAGUGACAGAGAGGUUUAUGGAGGGGAAAGAGAAUUUACUUGACUAUUUGUAGAAGAUCCUAAAGUACCUCUGCAAAGUGAGGGAAGAGUAACGAAGUCAUGUAGGAAAAAACGCUUGGGAUUACAACUGCCUGGAAAAUCGCCUGUAAAUACCAUAGUCCCCAGCUCUCUGCCUGUUUAAUGAGUUUAUUCAGCAUUGGUUUUUUUGGGCCAGCGUUUGCUCCUUCACACACGCGUGUGUGUGUGCGUACACCUGACUCAAUGUGCCUUGCGUGUGUGCUCUUGGCUGAGGAGAGUCCGUAGGGGUGUGGGAGCUGCUGGGACGUGGCCAGGCUCGUGGCUGGCAGCGCGAUGACUGUGCCCCAUCUACAGUCGAGGGUUCGUCACUGUCCCGGUCACCCAUCAGAGCAAAAUGAGACUUGGGCUCAAGCUUGUGUAGUGGCUGUCUUACAGUUUGGGGACGAUGUCCUGCAGGGUGGCACCUUUCCUUUCCUAACACAAGCUGUUUGCUGCAACUUCAGAGGGUAACUAGGAGGGAGAGAAAGAGAAGCUGAGAAGCUGCUUUGCUGUUCUCCUGCAGACAGAAAUAAGCAUUGUGGUGCUUUACCUGCAAAGCCAACACAGGUGAAGGUCAGGAACCGACUUUGCUUUGGAGUUAGGGCUUUCUGCGGCACUGGGAGUCCCCUUACCCAGAGGAUUUAUUCCCUUCCAGGCUGUGGUUCUUGUUACUGUGGGUUUUCUCAGUGUGUUUGUAAAGGAGAAGUAAACAUGCCUUGCUUAACCUGAAUGAAAUAGAGAUGCUUAUGUUUGCAGUCAGUGACUCUGAAUACGAAGCUGUGCAAUCCUUGUUUCUUCAUCUCUCUCCCGAUUCACUCACCCCUAAUGUGUGAUUCCUGUCUGAGUCUUUUCUGUCCUUCUGCCACUGUAAAUGUGAAAGCUUGCUUGCAUUAUUUUUUAGAAAUGCAUUUUGCACACUCGGGUUUCACUGAAGCUCCGUGAAAAGGUUAGUUUGAAGCAGAUGAAUAAAGCUAUGCACAUGUUUUGAAAGUUUAAUUUGUGUCUCAUUACCAGAAGUGACUUAUCUGCCCUCUUUUGCAUUCCUGUGCUGUCAUUGCCUGCAUUAUCUUCACCAUCGCGGAGGGUAUGAUGGAAGGUGGCAGUUCUUUGCUGACAGCCGUAGCAGAAAACUGGCGCUUCUUGAUUUUUUUAGUAGCCUAUCUCUCUCCUUUGCUUUCUCUGUAUCUCGGUAUAGCUAUAUAAAUAUAUAUAUUAUUUUUUUAUUUUAAAGAGCCUACUUUAGUAAUUGAAUCGGAGGGAGCGGGGUGUGCUGGCGUGUGUUUCAGAUACACUUUGUGCUGGCGGAUGAAUGAGUGCCCUUUUUCUCUGGUCGGAAGCGUGGUGGUACCCGCCGGUAUCCCGCCAGGUGUGCGGGCGGGGAUGGGGACAGGGAGCGCGCGACUCGGCCCCACGUGAAGCAGCUUUAGGAAGGGGUGGAGGUCAGUGUGGUGCGGGCGUGAGCAAACCUGAGGCUUCUAACGGCAAAAUGAACUGAAGAGAACUCCUACCUUUGCGCGUUCCCAUUGUGAGGUGGAGGGAAGGCUUCCUCACUGUCCCUGUGCAGGGGCUGUAGUUCAUGGCCCGCUGGAGCAGAGGGAGGGCUCCCACAGUCUCCAGGUGAGAGCUGUGUCUUGGUUCUGUGUUCCUGAGUUGGGUGCACUGAGUUGCAGGUACCACCUCUGGGAACUUGUUCCUUUAGCCCAGAGCCUUUGUGCAGGAGGGUCAGGAUCUCGUGAUGGGAGAAGGACCCUGACAGCGUUCUCCUCAUGUUCCCUUCACCAUGGCAGAAGUUUGUACUAACUUAACAGCUUUUUUUCAUACAGAACAGGGCUGCUUUUCUAUCUACCAUCACACGUGUACUUACACACCUUCAGUGGCUCGCGAGCCCCUGAAGGUCCUCGACUUGUUUACUGGGGGGACGGAUGCCCCUCUCUCCCCCUCCCCUGAAUAUUUCAGUGUUAAGGGCGGUGCGGAACACAACCGCGCGCUUCGACUGCGAGCUGGGGCUGGAGCCGUCACCUCUCCUACCCCUGCCCCGGUUGAGAAGUUCUCAUUUCGUUUGGUUUUCUGGUGUGUAUUAAAAUCGCCGCGAGGGGUUGUGCUCUUACCUGCUCAGGAGCUGAAUUACCUCUGACCCGCGGAGAGGGGCAGCCCCUCUUUGUUGUCGAUGUUGUAGUGUGCGACCACACAGAUUGGUAAAGGUAGUGUUUUCUUCUCCCCUCCCCGGUAUUUCCAAUUAGGUUAAUGCACUCUGUGUGCUCAGCUGGAAACGUAGGCGUUUUCCCGGUCGUGAGAGGGUGGCUAGAGGAGUUAGUGUAAUACCUGCUGUAGCUGUGUCUGGCGCAGCCCCUUGCGCUGGAAUGGGUGAUGUCACGGACUGUAAGGAUAAGUAAUAUCCAUGAGCUGUAAUGGCAUGAUGUAUCUUUACCAAUGAUGUCAUACUUCACACUAAAUGUUUAAAAAAAGAAAAAAAGUUACCUGAAAUUUUGUUUAUUCUGCACCAACAGGUCUUCAAAAUUUAUCCAAAUUUUAUUAUUUUAUCAGGAAAAAAAAAAAAGAAAUUUGUGUAGAUCGAAUACGUUAAGACAGACAAUAAGUGAUGUAAAUUGUUGAAUAAAAAUUUUAAAGUUU